AUGGGCAUCACGUUCGCGAAAUUGUUCCAGCGCCUCUUUUCGAAGAAGGAAAUGCGCAUUUUGAUGCACGGAGGAGUCCCUCUUUCGCCUAAAAAUUUUGGUUCACUUUUACGAGAGACGUUUUUCGAGUCGAUUUUAGCACUGACGCUCUCAUCUCUCUUUUUUUACUCUAAACGCGGAACACACACACAGGUUGGUCUCGAUGCCGCCGGUAAAACCACCAUCUUAUACAAACUUAAGCUCGGAGAAAUCGUGACGACGAUUCCGACCAUCGGUUUCAACGUCGAAACGGUCGAAUACAAGAACAUUUCGUUCACGGUGUGGGAUGUCGGAGGACAAGACAAAAUUCGUCCGUUGUGGAGACACUACUUCCAAAACACGCAAGGCUUGAUCUUCGUCGUGGAUAGUAACGAUCGCGACCGUAUUUCCGAGGCGAGAGAUGAACUUCACCGCAUGCUCAACGAAGACGAACUCCGCGACGCGGUGUUGUUGGUCUUUGCGAACAAGCAAGAUUUGCCGAACGCGAUGACUGCGGCUGAAAUUACGGACAAACUCGGAUUACACUCGUUGAGACAAAGACACUGGUUCAUUCAAUCUACGUGCGCGACUUCGGGCGAAGGCUUGUACGAAGGUUUGGACUGGCUUUCGACGAACAUUGCAAACAACUAA